UUUGUCUUCUCCGGCAAAACCUCACCUCAACCUCGAAGACAAAUGGGAUAGCGAUCAUGGCCAUUCUUCUCCCUCUUCUUCUCUUCUCCGUCACCAUCUCCACCGUCUCUCCCGCCCCGACCAAACCCGACACAUUCAAACCCCCAGACAACUACCUAAUCGACUGCGGCUCCUCCUCCCAAACCACCCUCCCCGACCGCCGCACUUUCUCCUCCGAUUCAUCCUCCUCACAAUACCUCAAAUACGACGGCCGCGAAAUCAACGUCCACGAUCAAUCCGCCAAAGUCCCUCUCCCAAUCUACAAAUCCGCCAAAGUGUUCAAUGCAAAAGCGACUUAUUCGUUCCAUGUUACCAAACCCGGCUGGCAUUGGGUACGUUUACAUUUUAAUCCGGUGAAAAACAACGAGUUUAAACUCGACGAAACGAAGUUUUCCGUCGUUGCAUGCAACACGUUGGUUCUUUUGCAUGAAUACACUCCUAAAGCAAUUGAAAUGCAAGAGUACCUCAUGAAUGUCACCACACCAAACGUGAACAUCGUGUUUUCUGGCGAGAAGGAUUCGCCUGCGUUCGUUAACGCGAUCGAAGUAGUUUCCGCGCCUGAUAUGUUGAUUCCUGAACAUGCGGAUGCUCUUUUUCCCGUAGGGAAAAAAGUUGACGGAAUGACGAGGUUUUCGUUUCAAAAAAUGUAUCGGCUCAACGUCGGAGGAGGUGAGAUCGGUCCGGGUAAUGAUACGUUGGGUCGGCAUUGGGAUACCGAUCGAAAAUACCAGAAGGUUCAAUCGGGGGCGAAGAGUGUAUCGAUUGCGCCUAAUGUUGUUACGUAUUUAGAAGGCGGGUCGCCUUUGAUUGCGCCUCCAACGGUGUAUGCAUCCGCGGUCCAAAUGGGGAAUUCGGAGACGAGUAGCCCUAAUUUUAAUGUGACAUGGCAGUUUGAUCUUGAUCAUUCGUAUCCGUAUCUUGUUCGUUUGCAUUUUUGUGAUAUUGUAAGCAAGUCGUUGAACGAGUUGUAUUUUAAUGUGUAUGUUGGGGGGAAAAUCGCGGUGUCCGCGCUUGAUUUGUCGACUGUCACGGGUGGGUUGUCCGUGGCGUAUUAUAAGGAUUUGUUUGUGGAGGCUUCGUUGGUGUCGAACCCGUUCUUGGUCCAGAUCGGUCCGUUGAAUGAACCGAUAGGGACCAAGAACGCGAUCCUUAAUGGGGUUGAGAUAUUGAGGAUUAAUAAUUCGGUUAAUAGUUUGGAUGGGGUGUUUGGUGCGGAUGGGAGGUCAGUCACGGGUCCUAGCCGGGGCACGGUUGCGGCGGUUGGGUUCGCAAUGAUGUUCGGGGCGUUUGCGGGGUUGGGUGCAAUGGCUGUGAAGUGGCAGAAGAGGCCUCAAGAUUGGCAAAAGAAGAAUAGUUUCUCUUCAUGGUUGUUACCACUUCAUGCGGGCGAUUCGAGUUUUAUGGCGUCGAGUAAAACCUCGUUGGGCUCGAAAAAGAGUGCGUUUUAUUCGUCGACUAUGGGUAUGGGUCGAUAUCUUUCGUUUGCCGAGUUGCAAGAAGCUACGAAAAACUGGGAUUCAAAUUCGAUAAUCGGUGUGGGUGGUUUCGGGAAUGUGUAUCUUGGAGUACUUGACGAUGGUACGAAAGUGGCGGUGAAACGGGGAAACUCGCAGUCCGAACAAGGCAUACACGAAUUCCAAACCGAGUUGCAAAUGUUGUCGAAACUCCGCCACCGUCACUUGGUGUCGUUGAUCGGGUACUGUGACGAGAAUGCUGAGAUGAUCCUAGUGUACGAGUAUAUGAAACACGGGUCUAUGAGAGACCACUUGUACGGGAAAAACUUGCCCGCAAUCUCGUGGAAGCAAAGACUAGAGAUGUGCAUCGGGGCGGUCCGGGGGCUUCACUACCUCCAUACGGGGGCGGCCUCGGCCAUCAUCCACCGUGACGUAAAGUCCACCAAUAUUUUACUAGACGAGAAUUUCAUUGCAAAGAUGUCGGAUUUCGGGCUUUCGAAAGAUGUAGGGAUGGGGGAGGCCCAUGUGAGUACCGCGGUUAAAGGAAGUUUCGGGUACUUGGACCCUGAAUAUUUCCGUAAGCAACAACUAACAGAUAAAUCUGACGUGUAUUCCUUCGGGGUGGUGCUAUUGGAAGUGUUGUGUGCGAGGCCCGCCAUUGACCCGGCCCUACCAAGAGAACAAGUGAACUUAGCCGAAUGGGCGAUGCAGUGGAAACGAAAAGGUCUAUUAGAAAAAAUAAUAGACCCACAUCUGGUUGGCCACAUCAACCCCGAGUCGAUGAACAAGUGUGCAGAGGCAGCUGAACAAUGUUUAUCGGAAUACGGGGUUGACCGGCCAACCAUGGGAGAUGUUUUGUGGAGCUUGGAGUACGCGUUACAACUACAGGACCAAGGGAACACAGAGGAAGGGAGCAACGGGCCAGGCUCAUGUUUAGCAAACGGUGCACCACUCGCUCCAGCUGUUGAUAAUAGGCCCGUUACGACACCUGCUCAAGCUAGCGAAAAUCCAGCUGAGGUUCAGGUCAUUGAAGAGCAUUCGGGUACUGCCAUGUUUGCACACCAUGCAAAUCUCAACAGUCGGUAA